GUUUACAUUUAGUGAGGGUGGAAUGAGCUCGAGCUUCUUGUGCAUGUAAUCCCCCAGUGUUGUCUGCGCCUGACAGGAGAAGGCAUUCCUGACUAGGCAAGGGUGUUCCUGAUAAGGAGAACAUGUUUUCAGGUAUUCUACUUCCAGAAGAUGGAAAAAGACAGAAAUCAAAUGACUGACAGGAUAUUAAAUCUUACACUGGAGAUCAUCUACCUACUGACUGGAGAAGACUAUGUACCUGCAAAAAAGUCAGAUGAGGUUGUGAAACCAAGCAGUUGCCACUCAGAAGGACUGAGCAGGACCCCGAGUCCUAGUACUGUGUCUCCUACUCACUCACUCACACAUGAGAAAAUCAAUGAAGAGAAAAAGAUCUUAGAUCUCACCAACAAGAUCAUUCAGCUGCUGACUGGAGAGGUUCCUGUAAGGUGUCAAGAUGUCACAGUCUAUUUCUCUAUGGAAGAAUGGGAUUAUUUAGAAGGACACAAAGAUCUCUACAAGGACAUCAUAAUGGAGACCCACCAGCCCUUCACAUCACCGGAUAAGGUCAAAAUUUCUCAGAGAGGAUUUCACUCCACUUUUCAUCCCCCUUUUUACUUAGAACAGAAUAAGAACUUUAAUAUGUCUAAUCUGAGACCAGAAUUGUUGAAGCUAUACAAAACAAUUGAUCGACCUGGAAAAUCUGUAAGUGAUGAAUCAGAGGACUCUUCUUCUAGUGAAGACGAUGAUUUCCCACACAGUGACCUUUACAUACACACUCAAUACACAGCUACUGAUGGCCAAGCCACAGAGUCCGACUCCAGUGAUGAAGACGUAAUUUAUAUAUCCACACAACAAACUCAAACAAAACAUCCUCCUCUAUUUAGGAGAGAAGAGCCAAUGCCACGGAAUGCAGCAAACCUCUUACAAGUCUACAACCCAAGAGCUUUAGCCUACAGACCAGCCCCUAUUAAACAAAUUCCUAAAACUAACAUUAACACAGAGAAAAUGAAUGCCAUGUUAAUAAAAUAUGGUGAAUUCAACAGGAAUUUUAACAUGAAACCAGCUCCUCCACCUCCUCAGCAGUCAUUACAGAUGACCCGGAGACUUUUCACCUGCACUGAGUGUCCAAAGUUUUUCACUGGUAAUGCAGAACUGAUUAGGCAUCAGCGUAUUCACAGGAGAAAGAAACUGACUUGCUCCGAUUGUGGGAAGCUUUUCCCAUACAAGUCACAUCUGACUAGACACCAGAGCGUUCACACAGGGGAAAGAGCGUUUGUGUGCUCGGAAUGUGGGGAGAACUUCGUCUGCAAGUCACACCUAGUGACACAUCUAAGAACCCACACAAGAGAAAAGCCUCUUGUCUGUCAAGAUUGCGGCAAACAUUUCUCAUGCAACUCUGCUCUCAUCACUCAUAGGAGAAUCCACACCGGAGAGAAACCCUUUGUUUGCCCCAUCUGUGGGAAGGCCUUUGCUCAAAGUUCAAACCUUCUCUCACAUCAGAGAGGGCACACUGGAGUGAAGAAAUUUAUCUGUCGCCAGUGUGGCAAGAGCUUUGCCCAGAAAAAUGACCUGAAUAGACAUUUGAAAAUCCAUAGAGGACAAAUUGUUUUUCAACAUAUGUAGAGCUUUUUUGACUUUAAAUAAAACCUGUUAACCUUUCAAGUA